CAGGAAACAACCACAGUACACUGGACUGCAAUAAACUGAAAGAAAUGAAAGGAGUCAGGCACUGUUGCAAAUUCAGUUCCAAUUACCUAUUCAAACAGCAAUUAUUUGUUCAGACUACACAAACGUAGAAGAUUGUACAUCUAUAAAUCCUCUCUGUAGCUAUUAAAGAUGGAGGUGCAUCCAGGCAUGUCAUAUUACAAUAAUGUACAAGAUGGAACAGCCUUAGAGAUAAAAACUUUAGAAUCUACUCAUCACCUGACUCCACUGCAUAUUCCUCCAGGCCCACCUAUGCCAGCAGAUAGAUAUGAAGAACUAAGGAAUACAUUCCAGUUGUGCAAGCCCGUCUUGAAAGCAGGACAAGAAUCUGGAGGGAGUGAGCCCAUGCUGCCAGAAUCUCACAGGAACUAUGAGCCACCUUAUAAGUUUGAUCAUGAACACCUCUACUAUGGCAGUACCAGGGAUGCCCCAGUCAGACUUCCAGACCUGCCAGAGAAUUCAGUCAAAUGUGCGAGCAGACCAGAACAUAAGCUACCCAUUCAAAGUACUCAUCUUGUUGAGAGCCGCUAUCGGCCUUUUCAUCCCUACAUCCAUGCUUGUCGGAACCUUAACAUCAGAGGUAAUGCCUAUAGAAGUGAAGAUGCCAGCAAACCUUUGGAGAUUAAUAUGGAGGCCACAAGGUGGCCAGGACAAUAUCGGUGCUAUCAUCUUUCUCAGAGUCCUGGUCAGGGAAAUGAUCCAAAUGCUUCACCUGUCAAGGUUCCUAAAUCCGCUUGGAAACCUGCAGAGCUUAACAUCUCAGCCAGAGCUGUCAACAUGCUGGCAAAUGUCAAGAAGUCCCUUUGGCUGUCAACUUACAAGCGGGACUACACAGGCACAGGUCCCAUGAACCCCUUGCUGUUGGAUGACUACGAUGCCAAGGUAAUUGGCAGAGCAACCGGAGAACUGGGCAAAGAUAUCGAACUGAGACAAACAUUUCCAUCACGUACAUCUCAAGUAAGACCCUUAGAGGGACGUAUCGCACGCUUUCUUCAAGACAGACUGCCUCACGCAGAAAACACGCAACAGCAAGAUUCUGUGGAUGUCCACUUCAUACAAGGAAUGCCUCCACUUCAGGAUACAAACAACUCAGCUAUAGGCAGUUACUCGGGUGGCGUAUUGAGCUGUGGGGAAAUUUUGCCAAAGGCACUUCAGCAGCAUCCCAACACUGAGAACAGAACUAAGAGGAGAAACGAGAACUUGCUACAGAAUCAGUCUCAAGGAGAUUACCAGGGAGGAAGUGGUUUCCUUCCAGGGGAAGGGUUUCGGAAAAUCACAGAUACCUGGAAAACAGAGCACUUGUACCAAAGACAGCUUACAGUGCCCCCUGAACCAGAGGAACUCCUGAAGCCUCCAGAUCCUAUUUACUAUGAAGACUUGAAGCCCUCCCGUUUAGACAAAUACAUCGUGUGGGACAAUCCUGUCAGCCUCAGCAAACCAGGUGUAGAACAUCUAUGCUAUGAAAAGCAUGGUAACCUCCAGGAUCUCCAGUAUGCUUCUGACCUCCAAGACAUCACAGACAGCAGGGCAUCCCCAGGAUGGCUUCCAAACUGCGGAGUGGAACGGCCUCAAACCAAAUUGCUUGACAUCCAGGAUUCUUUUACAAAAACUGAUACAAUCAAGCGUUUCUAUGAACUAUCAAGAGGAGGAAUUCGGGACCUCCGGGAGCAUGACAGGGAAGGCAAAAAGCACAGAUUCCAGGGUGUCAUUCAUGCCUAUCUCUUUCACUGACACAAGUUGUCUUCCUUUCAAAAGCAGAGGAUGGGAAUAAUAAAUCUCAUUCAAACCCUCCA